CACUGUAGUGGUAGGUGGGAAUCAAAAAUGGCGUCGAACUGUGUUUACUCUAACGAUAGAGUUCCUUCUUCGCUAAAUGAUACCGAAAUUGCUUCGGAUCCUGCAGCGGGUGGAUUUUUUGCAUCCGAUUUCCGAAAGCAUGAAGAUCUAAAAAAUAUGUUAGAUAGCAAUAAAGAUGGGUUAAAAUUAGAAGCAAUGAAAAGAAUUAUUGGUAUGAUUGCCAAAGGUAAAGAUGCUUCUGAAUUAUUUCCUGCCGUAGUGAAAAAUGUUGUUUCUAAGAAUAUUGAGGUUAAAAAAUUGGUUUAUGUGUAUUUAGUUCGCUAUGCUGAAGAGCAGCAAGAUCUUGCUCUUUUAUCGAUUAGCACAUUCCAAAGAGCAUUAAAGGACCCCAAUCAAUUGAUAAGAGCAAGUGCACUAAGAGUAUUAUCCAGCAUUAGAGUUCCUGUUAUUGUACCAAUAAUGAUGCUUGCAAUAAAAGAUGCAGUAAAUGAUAUGUCUCCUUAUGUACGUAAGACUGCAGCUCACGCUAUUCCAAAGCUAUACAGCUUGGAUCCUGAACAAAGAGAUCAAUUAAUAGAAGUAAUUGAAAAAUUGUUAUCUGAUAAGACAACUUCUUUGUGAAUUUGACCAGGGCCA